AUGCAGGAUCAGAAAGACAAGGUGCGUGACAAUGGGCUUGCUCUCCAAUCUCCAUUCUUGAUUAUGCUGUAUGGCACCCUUAAAAAUUCCUAUAUACUGAUCAAAAAGAGAAGAAAAAUAAGGAGGAAACUACCAGAUAAAGGUGAAAAGAUCAUCAAGGACGAGAAUGAGAAACAGGAAGAUGAUGGAGUAGAGAUGGUGACUAUAGUUUUGAACGUUAGUAAGCGUUGCCAAUGUAUUGGUUGUGUUAAGGAAGUUAUUAAAUCCAUUCAAAGUUUUGAAGGUGUUGAGAAAACUGAAAGAGAUAGUGCAACAAACGAGAUAACUGUGAUAGGAAAAAGAGUUGAUCCAGUAAAACUAAGAGAAUAUGUUGCGUUAAAAACUAAAAAGAAAGUUGAACUUAUUUCCCCUUUUCCUAAGAAACCAGAAAAGGAAACACCAAAGGAGAAGAAAGUUAUCAAAAAACAGGCGCCUCAAGUGAUGAGUACUGUUAUUCCGCCUCAAGUGAUGAGUAAUGUUAUUCUGAAGAUUGAUUUACAUUGUGCAGAUUGUAUUAACGAAACUGAGAAGUUUAUGACGACGUACGAAGGAGUUGAUAGUGAUUCGUUCCGCGUUGAUGAGGCCAACAAUUUUGUGAAAGUGAAAGGAACAAUGGAUGUUACAGAACUCAUAACUUCUUUGAAACAAAUACUCAAAAGAGAUGUUCAUAUUGUUCGGCGAAGGAAGGAAAUGUCGGGGAACAGAAAGAUGGUGAUGAGAUGA